AUGCGCGUAGUUGUCUUCGGCGCAUCUGGGGUCCAAGGUCGUCAUCAAGUUCAUGCUCUCGCGCGAGCAGGACAUUCGGUCGUGGCAGUGAGUCGCAACCCAAAACAGCUUCUCGUCGACGACAAGCCCGUGGAAACUUUCGCUGCCGACUUUUGCGACAGGGCUGCAAUUGAAGAAGUGGUACAAAAGGCGGAUAGAAUCAUGCUCAACCUGCCAUCGACGUCCUUCAAUAAAUCUGAACCUAUCCUUGCUGCCGCCAAAAGCAUCGGCGAAGCUGCUAAGAAGGCCGCUGUACCUUUGAUCAUAUUCAACACAAGCAUGCCAGUCCCCAAAGAAGUCCAACAUAUCACAGCCCAGGAUGAUCGGAGAAAAAUGAGGGAAUCCCUGCGCGAGUCUGUACCGACAAUCAGUAUCGAGCCUGUAGUCUACUUGGACAAUCUACUUGAAGGCUGGGCCUUACCGCCCAUCAGAGACCAGCAGAAGAUUGUAUACUGCCACAAGCCUGAUCUACGCGUCUCCUGGAUCUGUCACCACGAUGUAGCGCAGAUCAUGAUGGCUGCAAUGCAUCGCCCUGAUGUCGCCGGGCGCGACAUUCCCGUAGGGGGACCGGAGACUGUCGUUCUCUCCCAAUUGGCUGAGAAGCUUUCCAAAGCCUGGGGCAAGAAGCUGAGUCACGAGAACCAGACAGUCGCUGAUUUUUGCGAUAAGAUUAGUCAGACUAUGAAGGGCAGGGGACUGGAGACGGACAAAGUGGUUAGUCAGAUGUUCAAAGCAUACACUUAUUAUAACGAGGCAAGGGACGAGCCUUUUAACAUUGAUAUGAGCUCUGUAGUCAAAGAGCUGGGAAUAGAGUUGACAUGGAUUGAAGAGUGGGCUAAGAAGAGGAGCCCUUGGGACGACAAGGGGUAUUACUAG